AAAACCGCAGCCCUCUGUCUCUCUCUUCUCAAACAAUAAUACCUGAAAUUCCACAAUCUAUCUCUCUCCUCAUCGCCAUGUCCACCAUUUUUAGGGCUCGCCGGACCGUCGAACCCCGAUCCGGCGGCAAAGUCGUGAGAGGCCGUAGAGUCGCCGCCGCCAGAACUCCCUACUACCGCCCGACCUUGGAACCUCCGGUUCCGGAAAACCCUAGCUGGCUCGUUUCUACUACUCGGAUGAUUGCCUCCGGCGCUGGAAAGCUUAUCUCGUCCGUAUUCGGUUCCGACUCCUCGUCUUCGUCUUCUUCGUCGUCCUCGGCUUCUUCCGGCGGCGAAUCGAGUGCGGAGGAUAAUGUUGACGAGGACAACAAUGAUAUGGAUACCUCUUCUCAUAGGGCUGACAAAUUGACCAAGACUGAGGCAGCAACAGAAAUUAUUAAGUCCUUCAGGAAGGAGCCUCAACCAUCAACAGGAAAGAGUGAAACAAAGUGUUUAAUCGAGCAGUUACUUAUGCAGGAGACCUUUUCAAGGGAGGAAUGUGAUAGGUUAAUAGAGAUUAUUAGCUCGCGAGCUAUAGGUUGUCCUACUGCAGAAGACGGAUUGUAUGGGAGAUUAAGUGAGCAUCCUAACAGAAUAGUUGACAGUGAUGCACCAAUGCCUGAUCUCAGAACAGCUGUAAUGGAGGCAAAAAAGUGGUUAGAGGAGAAGAAGCUGGCAUCAAGUUUGAAGUCAGGAGUGCAUCAUGAGACAAGCACUUUGAAUUCUGUCAUGCUACCACAUGUUAAUGAAGGUGAAGCGGGUUCACCAGUGGAUAUGGCCAAAUCAUAUAUGCGGACCCGUCCUCCAUGGGCAUCCCCAUCAAUGAGCAAUGAACUCAAAACACCAUCACCAACAGGGAUGCAUCUUUUCAAGGAAGAAACACCAUAUUCACUUGGUCGCAAUUCUUUGUCCUCAUCUAAGCUGAAGAGGGAUGCUUUUGCCUCUGGGUCCUGGAAUAUCCAGGAAGAAAUACGAAGAGUGCGUGCUAAGGCAACAGAAGACAUGCUUGGCAGUUCCCCUUCCAUGAAAAUUGAUUUGUCUGAAUUUGGACAUAAGGCCAGCCAAAAUUCCUUAGUAGCUGAUAGAACAGGAGUGGAUUUGAGAGACAAAAUGCACUACUCAAAUUCUUUAACAGCUCUCAAGUCAAUAAAUGCAUCUUCAAACUUGGCCUCAGGGCCUGCAACAUGUCUUGGUUUGGCAGUUUCUGAUACAACACGAGAUGGGUUUAGAAAUGGAGCUUUAUCAUUGAAUCCGACUAUUUCCGUUUCUGAACAAAAUCAGGAAAAGGAGGGGGAAGUUGAUGCUGCUUCUAACUCUCAUCACCCUGUUACUGUGGAGGUUGCUUCAGACCUACAUAAUGAUUUGCUGAAUUGUGGAGUUGAGCUUCCUGCGCCAGGAAGUGUUGACACUGUAUUGCAAAAUGUUGAUGGUGAUGAUUGCACUAAGGACAGCCAUGGGCUGGACCAGCAGCUCAAUUCUGUGAUAGAUAGCAAUGUGCAAGCUGCAAGAGUAAAUGAUGGAAAUUGUUUGACAUCCAAAGAAGGGGCUGGAUCGGAUGGCAAUUCUACUGCCAAUGGUUUUGCUUCAGGACCCAGUUUACAUGUACCAUCAGAUACAGAACAAAACCCUAGACCACAUGACGACGAACUCAAUCCAAUGAAGGAAAGCCAUGACAAGGCAGCAGAUGGUCAUGGAGGGGAGGUAUCCUGUGAACUAUUGAGUGAAGCUUCUAUGGAGGUCCCCAUCGUAAAUGAAACCGAAGGCUCCCAGAACAGCUUCAGCUUGCACCAUGAGGAGUUAGCAGAUGACCCUAGAAAGCCAAAUUCAAAACGCAGUUUAGCAGGGAAGGGCAACGUGGCUGGAAAGCAACAAGCGAAGAAACUGACCCGAUACAACAGAAAGGGCCGGGGACGGGGUAUGUGAUUCAAUUUGAAAAUCCCGCAUCUUUUUGUACCUUAUGUAAUAUUUAGUGUAAACUAGCCUAGAAAAAUAUUUUCCACGGCUAGGCAUUUGUAAGCCGUAGUGAGAUUGAUUUCAUCAUUGGGCUCGAACAGAAACGACACAAUGAGUUCAAUACAAUGGGGUUUGUUAGAGAGAUAAAAGGCUGAGACUUCCCUCCAACUAGAAAACCGUUGAUGUUUCUAACUCCGUAUGAUUUAUCUUCAUACUUCCUUGUCGAGUGGGUGACACAGGUAAGCUAAAUACACUUAUAUUUGUAAUAAUGGAUGGUAUUUGUUGGUUUGGGUCAAAUUUCAACAUGGUUAUGCUGGUUUUUCGAUUUGGUAUCA